AUGUCGUCUGCUUAUUGUAGCAAACAAGUCUGUGGUGGAAGCUUUGUGUCUUUCAGCGAGGCGUGCACUACAUUGGAGAAUACAGCAGGCGAGUCUCGGAAACCCAGUGGCAGACGGCACCAAGUAUAUCAUGAAGCUGUCAGGUAUUUCUUAGUGGCCCUGCGUGCAGUUGUUUUGGUUCUUAUCUUGGGCUUCAUCUGGCUUCUAGUAAAUUCUAUUUUAGAAGGGGAUGACAAUUCUGCAAUACAGUUGCUCUUUAGUGGUGGACAAGAGCCCACUCCAGAACCAACACCACGCAAGAACAAGUGUGGCAUGUCAGCCCCAUGCCCUCCCAAACAUCUUGCGUUCCGACUAUUCUCUGGUGCUGCCAAUGUUAUCGGCCCAAAAAUCUGUCUGGAGAAUAAAAUUCUUGUCAGCAGUGCCAAAAACAAUGUUGGCAGAGGGCUCAAUAUUGCUUUAGUAAAUGGGGUUAAUGGAGAGGUUUUGGAAAUAAAAGUAUUCGAUAUGUGGGAAGGAGAGGUUUCAGAAUUGCUGGAAUUUCUUCAGCAUCUCCAUGAGGGAACACUUGUAUUUGUUGCUUCUUUUGAUGACCAGUUGAAUGAUGAAGCCCGGCAGCUGUUCGAGGAGCUGGGGAGCACAGCAGCAAAGGAAUUGGGUUUCAGGGACAGCUGGGUGUUUAUUGGAGCCAAAGGAAUAGAAAAUAAGAGCCCAUUUGAACAGCGAAUGCAGAACAGUAAAAGCAAUAAUAAGUAUGAAGGCUGGCCUGAGUCUCUGGAGAUGGAUGGCUGUGUUCCUCUGCGUGAUCCUUUGGAAACUUAG